UCUCUCUUUCACACACACACAAAAAUGGGAUAUCUAAUUAGUGUUGCCAUGGUGAGUUUUACUGUUUUGAUCAUGUCAAAGAUUUGGAAAAUCUGUAUGAUUCUCUUUUGGAGGCCAUAUGCCCUUACUAGGCACUUUCAAAAGCAGGGAAUCAUGGGGCCACCUUACUCCCUUGUUUAUGGUUCUCUCCCUGAAAUCAAAACCAUGAUGAAGGAUGCAAGGGAAAAGGUCAUGGAUAGUCACUCACCUGAAAUCACUAAGAGGGUUCUUCCACACUACCAAAAAUGGUCCUCGUUAUAUGGGGAGACAUUUCUGUAUUGGCACGGAACUAAACCAGUGAUUUGCAUUCCUGAUCCUGAGCUGGCCAAAGAGAUUUUAUCAAACAAGUUUGGUUUCUAUGCGAAACCCAAGACCAGGCCUUCUAUAGUAACUAUGAUAGGAAACGGGUUAGUUCUAGUAAAUGGAUUGGAAUGGGUUAAGCACAGAAGGAUACUCAAUCCUGCCUUCUCCAUGGAUAAACUAAAGGUCAUGAUUAGUAGUAUGGCAGCAUGCACCAUUUCCAUGCUGAAUGAGUGGAAAAGUCAAGCCCUUGAAACCAAGGACAAAUCCAAGACAAUAGAGAUUAAAGAAGAAUUUCAAGAGCUAACAGCAGAUAUAAUAGCUCACACUGCCUUUGGUGUCAGCUUUGUCCAAGGAAGGGAGGCCUUUGAUGCACAAAGGGAAAUUCAAAAGUAUUGCAUAGCUUCAAAUGUUGACAUUUUCAUUCCUGGCAGCCAAUAUCUUCCUACUCACUCAAAUUUCCAGAUAUGGAAGCUUGAUGGGAAAAUGAAGAAAUCUAUACAGAGCAUUAUAGAAAGUAGAUUGCAUUCUCAAUCAGAUUGCUCUUAUGGUGACGAUCUGUUGGGGUUGAUGAUGGAUACAGCAAAAACAAAAAGUGGUCCUAAGUUGAAGAUGAACGAAAUCAUAGAAGAUUGCAAGACCUUUUUCUUUGCCGGUCAUGAAACCACUUCAAACUUGCUCACUUGGGCAGUGUUCUUGUUGAGUUUACACAAUGAAUGGCAAGAGAAACUUAGACAAGAGGUCUUGCAGAACUGUGGCAUGGAAAUUCCUGAUGAAGAUAUGUUAUCAAACUUAAAAAUGGUGAAUAUGGUAUUGCUGGAAGCGUUAAGAUUGUAUUGCCCCGUGAUAGAACUACAAAGGGAGGCUUCGGAAGACAUGAAACUGGGAAAUUUGUUGAUACCAAAAGAAACAUGUCUCGCAAUCCCAAUUACAAUGAUUCACAGGAGCAAAGAAUACUGGGGUGAUGAUGCAAACGAGUUCAAUCCACUGAGAUUCAUAAAUGGAGUUUCUAAGGCUGCAAAGCACCCAAAUGCUCUACUUGCCUAUUCAAUGGGUCCAAGAAAUUGCAUUGGUAAGAAUUUUGCUAUGCUGGAAGCGAAGACAGUAAUGGCUUUGAUUCUUCAGAGAUUUUCUUGGUCCCUUUCCCCUGACUACAAACAUGCACCUGUAAACAACCUUACUUUGCAGCCACAACAUGGCCUUCAAAUCAUUGUGAAACCUUUGCAAUUGUAAUUCUUAGCUUUUUUUUUUUUUUCCCCUCUCAGACUUCUUGUUUAUUUUACAGCUACUUGUUUCUACUUUCUAGUUUGGCUGCAAAUUAUAGAGAUAAAUGCAAUCUGUUUGUGUCUAUUGAGUCCAUUUCACUUCAUGUCAUGUGAAAAAACUUCAUCAACAUCGACAUUGUUGUUUA